UCCAUCACAUAAUACUACCAGCUUCUAUGUUCGUUGAACACUUCCAACUUCAAACUUAUUACUUAUCUUAGAAGAAGAGAUAAAUAGAGAGAAAUGCAGUCUACAAUGGAGAAACUAAAAAACAAGGCUAGUGCUGCCAAGGAGCAAGCCAACAUCUAUAAAGCCAAAGUUGACGAGAAGGCAGAGAAAGCAAGGGCAAGAACAAAGGAGGAGGAAGUGAUAGCACAUGAACGUGCAAAAGCUAAGGAAGCUAAAGCCAAGAUGGAGCUACAUGAUGCUAAAGCCAAGCAUGCUGCGGAGAAGCUAAGCACCAAACAAGCACAUUAUUAUGGUACUCAGCAGCCACAUGUGGAGUAUUACGAAGGAAACCAGCCAUUUGGGUCAAUUCCCAAGCCUGGAACCACUGCUCCAACUUAUCCACUAGGAGGAAAAAACAUUCUACGAAAUAACCACAUAUAGCAUAUGUGUAUGUGUGUCGUCUCUGUUUCAUUACUCCAGCUUUCUUUUUCUUUUUCUCUUGUUGAUUAAUCAUAUGUACUUGAGGAUCGUUUGCAAUUUCAAUUUAAAUUUUAUAAAAAUGUUUCUUUCUAGUA